GGUCGCCUUCCCCCCGGACGUCCGUUUCUCCCUGGUUGACAACAGCUCUCUCAGCAUCACAGAGCUGCGUGUGCAGGACCAAGGCAACUACACUUGCAAGGAAGUGCUGAACAAGACGGACCAUGAGCACAGGGUCCAGCUCCUGGUAGCCAAUCCACCAGAGUCAACCCCAAAGUGCUGGGCUGAGACCUCCUCGUCGGAGGCUGAUGCUGCAGGUGUUUUGCAGCUGGCCUGGUGGGUAUCCCCACCCCACUCUGCACUGGAGAGAAGAGGGGCGUGAUCCGGAGAACACAAGUUGGGUCAUCAGCUCUCCGAGCUCCUUGGACACCCACGUGGAAACGCCGAGCAGCUCCCACCUCUCCCACUGCAAAGUGUUCAAGUGUGUCGGGAGCCGCGUUGUCAAGCAGGAGGAGCCUGCCUGCACUGUGGAGAUGAAAAUUCCUUCACUGGAACCGGAGCCCCCGAAGACCUGCUUUGUGGGUGACAAUGUCACCCUGACGUGCCGUGUGACCGAGAGCACCCCAGCAGCGAGGCUCACCUGGCUGCGGGGCAUCACCCAGCCAGAGGUGGAAAUCCAACCCGGAGGGAGGUACCUCAUUGCCCAGGAGGGCAACGUGUCCCGGCUCACCAUCCAGAACUGCUCCCAGGGCACCGACGGGGGCUGUUACAUCUGCAAGGCACAGAACCCCGUGGGGCUGAGGGAGCUGUUCAUCUGCCUGACGGUGAAGCAGCCAGUGAACAUCGUUGGGGUCGUGGGUGCAGUGGUGGUCCUGUCCCUGCUGGCUAUUCUCACCGUCACCGGAGUCAUCUUGUACUACAAUCCCCUCCUGUGCCUGAGAGGUGCUGCAUUCAGGAGUCAAGAGUCAGGGGAUGUCUUAGUGCUGGUGGACUCAGAAGACGACGGUGAGGGGAAGGGGGGAGAGGAGACCAUGAGCAGCUCCACCAAGCGCGAGGAGAUGGUGCUGGUCAAUGGGAACGGCGUCCAGGCUGCUUACCUCAACUGCCUUACGGAAG